GAGCGCCUGGCCGCCGCGGAGGCGGAGCUGGCGGAGCUGCGGCCCGCGCUCGCGGAGUGUCGGCGGCAGGUGGAGGAUUUGUGCGCCGCCGAGAUGCAGCACGCCGACGAGCGCCGGGUGGCCGCUCAGGCAGGCUCGGCGCUCGAGGCCGAGCGGCUGGAGCGCCAGCGGGACGCGGAGGCGCUGCGGCGGCAGCAGGGCGAGGCCGCCCGGGAGAAGGCGGAGUGGCAGGGCGGUGGGCAGCUCGUCGCGGAGGUGCAGGCCGCGACCGGCCGCGCAGACUCGCUGCAGGGGGAGCUGCAGACCGCCCAGGCGGAGGUCUCGAGGCUGCUGGGGAGCGCGCAGGACGUGGUCCGCCGCUACGAGGACGAGAGCGCUCGGAGGCUGGAGCUUGAGGAGCGGGUGCUGACCCUGGAGGAGAAGCUCAAGAACCGGGGGCAGAAGGCCAGGGGUGACGUCGAGACCGCGAGGCAGCGGGAGCAGCGGGCGCUGCAGGCCAAGCAGCAGGCCGAGGACCUGUACAGACACCGGGACGACGGGGACAGGGAGGCACACCGCCGCGCGGAGGACGCGGAGCAGAGGGCGCUCGCGGCCGCAGGCGGCGAGCGGCGCCGCCGAGCGCGCGGGCCCGGGAUGCAGGGCGCCCAGGGGAACGCCUCGGCCGCGUCGCGGGCGAUCCAGAGCGCGGUGCAGGGCAUCGCGAACCGGUCUUCGAGGUCAUCGCUGGCCACGCACGUGAAGAACGCCGCGACGCAGGCCGGGGACAAGAUCUCGCAGGCGGUGACGAAGGCGCAGGAGGGCGGCUACUUCGAGCCCAUCUGCACCGAGAGGCACGUCUCGGUGCGGUACUACUCCUGGGACGCGUUUCAACUGGUUGGAGAUUUCACCCACCUCCUGGCGCUCUUGCUGUGCCUCGCGGUGAUCUUGCGAGAGAGCGGUACCGAGGGAGUCUCUUUCAAGACGCACUUGCUUUUCCUGCUGGCAUACACCACGCGAUUCUCCAACAUCCUGUUCUGCGAGCAGUCCAUAUUCAUCAUCCUCUACAAGGUGCUCCUCUGGACUGCCACGCUGAAGAUCGUGGUUCUCAUGUGGGUUCUCGGCUCCAGGGACGACACGAAGGAUACAUUACCGUUGGCCGUGAUACUGAUCCCUACAUGUGUUAUGACAGUUGUGCUGGGCGUAUAUUCGGUAGACGAUCGAGGGCUCCUUGUCGAGAUCCUCUGGAUAUUUUCCACGAACCUCGAGGCCGUCACCAUGCUGCCACAGUACAUCUACUGUUACCGCGACGAGGACAACACGAGCCCUGUCGUGACCGCGUAUGUCCUCGCGAUGGGUGGAUACCGUAUGAUAUUUGGGCUCAGCUGGGCUUACCACUACCUGGUCAUGCCUUACUACCUCGACAUGAGCAGCUUCUUCUCGGGGAUACUGGGCAUCGUCUUCUUCUGCGACUACCUGCUCUUCAAGGUUGCCAGGCGCUCCACCCUCUCGCACGUGUGCAUCCAGGUGGACGACACCAUCCGGGAAGCCGAGGAGGCGGCGGUGAACAUCGUGCAGUUCGGAGACGUGGUGCCGAGCCUGGGCCACGACAGCCUGGCGCCCCCGCCCGAGAAGUUCGGCAGGGGCAGCGGCACCAGCGAGAUCGAGCUGUGCUCCGACGUGGCCGGCCUGGGCCCCCAGGGCAUCGGGGUGGAGUACCACCGGCCCGGCCUCCCGAGGAGGUGCGCGCAGGAGGCGGGCAUUCCCUUCGAGAGGGCCACCUCCGCGGAGGCCGACCUGGCCCGCCUGCGGGCCGAGCUCUCGGUGCACGAGCGCGAGCAGCAGCGCAGCCGCGCUGCGGCCGCCGGCGCGCACGCCGCGCCGCCGCAGCCGUCGCGGCUGCCGGCGCCGAGGGCGGACUUGUCCGAGGCGAGCACGUCGACGAUUGAGAUCACGCAGGGCUGGGUUGGUUUCCAGGCCCAGCAGGCCCACCAGCCGCUCCCCGCGCGGGCCGCCGGCGGGCGCCGCGGCUGCCCCGCGCCGCGCUCCGCCUUCAUGGCCGCCGCCGCGGCGGCCGCGGCCCCGCCGCUCGGGCUGUGCGGCCCGAGCGAGCUGCGGGUCCCGCGGCUGCGCCAGUGCGAUUCUGGGCUCUCCUGCAAGGAGGCCUUCCGCGUGGCCGCCACGGGCGCGCCGGAGGCGCCGCUGCGCGACCGCGUCGACGCCCAGAGGCGACGCACGGUCCGCGCGGUGCUCGCGCGCUGCGGCCUGGUCAGGGAGUGCGGCGGCCGGCGCGACGUCGCGGCCCUGGUCGCGGAGUUCCUGGGCGGCGGCAGCGGCGCCCUCCGGGGGUGCGACCUGCUGCUUCUGGGGGGGGGCCGCGGCGGGGCCGCGGCCCACGCCUCGAGCCGGGGGCGGAACGUGGACUUCUUGUUCAAGGCGGUGCCCAAGACGGGGCCCUCGCGGGCCGCGACCGCCAAGCUGGAGGGGCUGCUGGAGGACGCGUGGCAGGAGGACCCGGAGGUGUGCCUGCGGCUGGUGUUCCACCUCGGCGCUGCCCGCAAGGGCAAGCAAGACCGCUGGAGCUUCUAUGACGCGAUGCUGUGGCUGUGGGCAAAAUCGCCAGCCACCGUGCUGCAGAAUUUGCAGCACGUCGAGCCCGCGAUCUACUGGAAGGCCCUGUUGGAGAUUCUCGCGCGCAUCUGUGAGGGAGGGCAGCUGGCGCUGGAGCGUGACGUGGUGAUGUACCAGGCCUACGCGCACCAACGCCCUCGCCUGCUAGCGCAGGACGCAGCCGCGCCGCCCGUGAACGAAGACGCGCCUGGCUGGAGAUACACGUACUCCCAAGGGGAAGACGACGGCAGGCUCGGGCUGCGCGUCGCUUGCGGCGAUUGGGUGCAGCUCCCGCCUGAAACGUCUGAGGGUUGGACCGCGCAGGCGGUUGGCAACGGGCAGAACUCGGGGAACCGCAAGGUCGGCAAUUGCGGCUGGCAGCCCCGCACGCGCCUGGAGCAGGCCGAGAAUGCCGUGCGCAGGUUCGACGGCGACCCGCUGUACCGAGCACUGCACCUGCGGGUGGCGGCACUCUUCGCCGACCGCCUCGCGGCCGACGAGCGAUCUGUGCAGGCGGGCAAGCGCGCGAGCCUGGUUGGCAAAUGGGCGCCGCUGCUGGACAAGUCGUUCGACCGCCGCACCCUCGUCGCCGAGUCCAUCGCGCGCAUGCUGUAUCCGCCUCAUUUGCCCGAGUUCGCGGAGCUGACGGAGCAGCACUACUCGUACCGCGCGCGGCUGAAGUACGCCGCCUUGCUGAACGAGCUCAGGGAGCACCGCAGGGAGCCGGCGCGGCUGAUGAACGCUGGCCGGUGGUCGGAGAUCAGGUACAAGUCUGUGCCAGGCACAUGCAUGAAAGUGUGCGCGCCGCUCUUCAUGAAGCAUGACGCCGAGCGCUUCCAGGCCUAUCUGGAGUUCCAACUGGAGAAACGAAAGGGCCGGAAGAUCCACGCAGGUGCCGCGCAGCCUCACGAGCUCAUGCGCACGGCGCUGGUCGGGCGGGAGAUCCAGGCCGGCGUGGCCGAGCUUCAGUGGCGGAGCCUCGUGGCGGACGUCCGGAAAGGCGCCCAGCUCCGCAGCUGCGUCGCCGUCUGCGACAUGUCCGAGUCGAUGAUGGCGGUGGCCGCCAUGGACCUGCCGUCUUGCGCCAAGGCUGGCGCCGAGCGGCUCUGGUGGGACGACGUGACUCCCGCGCGCGGGGCGCUGAGGUGCCUCGACGUCGCCAUGGCCCUGUCGUUGGUGCUGUCCGAGGUGUCCGCCGAGCCCUUCUGCCACAAGGUGCUCACGUUCGAGGACAGCGUGACAAUGGUGAACCUGGGUGCGGAUACGAGCUCCGUCGCGAGGCGAGCGCAGGUGCUGCGCAGGCGCCACCAGGAGGCUCUGGAUAGCCAGCGGCGCCACCCCAGUGACUAUGUCACGGUCCGCGGCUGCCGUGGCGCAAGCGGCGUGCUGAACGGCCCCUACAGCUUCAUCGGAAAGGUGAACCGCCACCCCGUCUACGCGCGAGGCUCCGCGAGCAUCCGCUUCGACGCCGCGGGCUCCAAGUGGGUGCUCGCCCUGCGCCGGCCGCCCUCGUCCGCCAGCGCGCCCCUGCAGCCCUUCACGUGCCCCGUGGCGUCCGGCUCCAGGGGGGACGUCCUGCCGCGCGGGGGCCAGUGGGUGCAGGAGGACACUGGCGCGACGUGUCAGGUCUUCGAGGGGAGGAAGCCUAUGGCGCUCUCUGCACACCUCUACGACGUGUUCAAGGCCCUGCUGGAACUGCCAGAGCCGCCCGAGAAGGUCUUCGUCUUCUCCGCCAUGGCCUUCAGCGCGGCCGCCGAGCGAGGCAGCGGCCCAGGCACGCUGCGCGGCGCGGACGGUGCAAAGCUGACGGUCUUCCAGGCCGCGGAAGAGCUGUUCCGCAAGGCUGGCAAGGCCAUGCCAGAGGUGAUCUUUUGGAAUCUCGGCGGCUGCGGGCAGGGCGUGCCGGUCGUGGCGACGCAGCCUGGCGCAGUGCUGGUAUCGGGCUUCUCCGCCGCGCUGGUGAAGGACAUCCUCGCCAGCGGCGCUGUGGACCCCCUGGCACUCGUCGCCCAGGUCGCCUCGGAGCCGCUCUUCGCCCCGCUGGCCCUGCCGGCGCACGCCGAGCGCGCGGUGCGCGAGUGCUUGGCCCUCGAGGGACGCAGCGCGCGCGACCCAGAGGCGCCCCGCGUGGAGCAUGCCUUCGCGGAGGGCGAGGAGUGGGAGAUGGUUCAGCUCGCGCCCGAAGUCGAGGCCGCGGCCGUGGAGGCGGCUGCGCCGAGACGCCCACCGCUGCGCAGCGUGCGCGGCGUGCGGCGCGUGCGCGAGGCGGGCGACGUGGACGCGGCGGAGGACGCGCUGCUGGCGCUGAUAGGCAAGGGCGGCAGCAGGGCGAAGGAGGCAAGGAGCGUCCUCUCCGUGGCCGUGGCGGGGCGCCUCGGGAUGAGGGCGCGCGUCUGGCUCGACGUCGAGCACGCGGAGGGCGGGCGCCUCGGGGUCCUCGCCGUCACGGUGUCCGCCAGAGCGCCAGAGGCGCAGCUGCGCCAGGAGCUGGCGGCGCUGCUGCUGCCCGCCGUGGACGCGCUGCUGCGGCGCGUCGUGCGGCGGCCCGAGGAGGCGGCUCGGCGAAGGGAGGCCUUCGAGAGCGGCGAGUGGUUCCAGCGGAGGCCCCGGCGCCACCACCCCCCCGGGCCGCGGGUGCAGAACGCCGACGGCGAGCUGCCGUACAGGGAGCAGUUGGAGCUCUUCGACCCGAAGCGGCGGCAGUCGAGCGCGGCGGAGGGCCCAGCGGAGGGCCCCUUUCUGCCCGAGGAGGAGGUCGUCCCAGCAAUGCUGGCGGGGCUCGAGGGUGCGGCGCGGGCCGCCGUGGUCGAGGCCGCGAGCGACCGCAGGUCCUGGCCUGCCUUCCACGGCCCCCGCAUCUCGUACACGCCGCUGCCGCGCGACGUCGCGGCGGAGAAGGCCGCGAGGGCCGCGGCGGCCGCGGCGGUGUGGCGCCGGGUCGCGAAGAUCCGCGGGGUGCAGUGGGCGCAGGUGCAGCAGCGCCGCCCGGCCACGUCGCAGUGGACCGUCGCUGUCCUCGAAGAAGAGGCGCGGACUUGGGGCAACCUGGGGACCGGCCAGGGAGCACCGGCCGACGGGGCCCGCGAGGCGGGGCCGCAGCUCCUGGAGCUGCCGCCCGCGGCGCGAGGCCGCGGCGGCGGCAGCCGCAGCACCAGCCCCCGGCUGGACCCGGCGAAGCGGGCCCUCAGGCAGGGGGCCAAGCAGAGGCAGCUCAGCCGGCAGCGCGACCGCGACGCCAAGGCCGAGCCGUGA